AAGCAAUUAAUACUAGUUCAAAGAGAGAGAGAAUAAUUAAUGUUAUUCUUAAGAUUAAGAAUAUGAUCCAAGAUGUAUCAAGUUUAGAAACAAAAUUAUUGACAAUUGUCUCUGAUAGUGCACUAGCAUAUUUUGCCACAAGUGCAUUACCUAUUAGUAAAACUACAAAUAAAUCUACAGAUAGGCAAAUUGAAUUAGAUAUAAAUAUGGAUGAAGACACUGAAUUGUAUAAUGAGUUAUCAAAUAUUGAAGAUUGGGAAAAUCAACUAUAUGACUAA